CUGCCAGGCUGUUUGCUGAAAUCUUUUUAGUCGAAACCAUUGGUGGUCGUCUGGAUUAGGGAAAAAAUCCCGCGCUUUGAAAUGGAAUUCUAGUGACAAUGUUUUACAGCUAUUUUAUAAUAGGCACGUACCUUCUAGUGGAGUUACAACAUGGUUAUAAUGAGAAUUUAUUGUUCUGCUGUAAGACUCCUGUCAAGAACAGAUUCAAAGUCAAGGUUUCAGGGUCAUUGCAGAAAUAGACUAGAUGUCAACACAUGGCAGCAACAACGUACGUUCUUCACCUUCCCUAAACAAAGCCGUAACCGCGAAUAUCGCGGGAGGCAGCUAGUAGGGUACACAAUGGAACAAAUGUAUGAAGUUGUUGCUGAUGUAGAGAAUUACCACAAAUUUGUACCUUGGUGCAAGCAGUCCCUAGUAAAACAAAAAUCUAGUAAUCGACUAGUAGGUGAACUCAUUGUUGGAUUCCCUCCUAUAAACGAAAGCUACACAUCCAUUGUGACCCUAGUCAAACCUCAUUUAGUAAAAGCGGAGUGUACAGAUGGCAGACUAUUUGAACACCUCAUCACUGUCUGGAGAUUCAGCCCUGGGCUCAAAAAAGAACAACAAUCCUGUGUAGUGGACUUCCACAUAGAUUUUGAAUUCCGUUCAGUAUUCCAUUCCCAAAUAUCCAAUUUAUUCUUUGACCAAGUUGCCAAAAAAAUGGAAGGGGCAUUCAUUGCUGAAGUUGGUAAUAGGUUCGGUACAGCAACCAUGCCACCAAGAAAUUUACUAAUAUGAAAUUAAUACUAUCAGUCUCAAGAGUAUUCUUCUAUUCUUCUAUUUGUGAUCUGAGGCCCAUUUCUCAAAAGUGAAAGUUAAAAGUGGAAGUCUUCCAACUUGUCAUAUUAGACAUUGACUACCGCUUGUAAAUUGUAACUUGUAGCUUCGAGAAAUGGGCCCCUGGAAAACAUUCUCCAGACAGAAUAUGCACUAAAAAUUAUACAAGAUUUGACAAUUUUUGUUACCUAUGUGUAAGUGAUAUUAAUAUAUUUUCCUGAAAAAAAUUAUUUAUUGUAACAUAAUCGAAGCCGAGCUUCUGUAAUCUAGAAGGAAAU